GCAAGGAUAAAUGAACCGGUUAAAUAAAGAGUUCAUCGCACCUAGGCUCUAGCAAAUGCAUCUCUCUUCGUUUCUCUCUCUCAAUCCCAAAAUGCUGUUCGCUUAGGUCUAGGGUUUAACAAAUAAUUUUCCGGAGGAAACCAGAGUUUGGGUGGAGUUCUCUUCCACUGUAAUCGGAGUCAACCAACUCCAUUAAAGCCUAAUUCAGGUAAAUGUUACCAAUUUCUAGGAUUUGUCUUGGCUUUCUCUUAUAUUUCUAUAAUCUCAAGUUUGAAAUUUAAUUAGUAGUUCAAUCAACAUGGAAGAAAUGAGAAAUGUGCCAUUUUCAAACAAUCAAGACAGACUCAGUAAUUUACCAGAGUCUCUAAUUCAUCACAUCCUUUCAUUCCUGGACAUGAAAUAUGUAGUCCAAACCAGCAUUUUGUCUAGAAAAUGGAGGUAUACGUGGACCACUGUCUCCACUCUAGUCUUUGAGUCUGAUGCAUUUAACGAUUCCGGUGAAAAGAAGGUGCAAUCGUUCAUGAGAUUUGUUACAAGUAUACUCAUGCUUAACAUCUCCGACAUCGACAAAUUUGAUCUUUAUUAUAGUUGGGAUUCGGAUAAGAUUGCAAAACAUCUUAAUACAUGGAUCCUUGCUGUUGUAAAACGUAAAGUUCAAGAACUAAAUAUUCAGAUCGAAUAUAGUAUUGCUUGGACUAUGAGGCUUCCUCAUUGUCUUGUUACUUCUGAAUCGUUAACCAGGUUGUUACUUGAUUUUCCUGGCUCGUUAGUUCUUCCUGACUCGAUGAAUUUACCUCGGCUCAAAUCUUUGUAUCUGGGUGCAUUAGAAAUUGAUGAUAUAAAAUGUGUUAAUAAGCUCCUAUCAAGUUGCCCAGUUCUUGAAUCCCUUGUAAUAAAAGAGUUUUGCGUAAGAGCAGGCCAUGAAUUGAGGGUGAAUAUUUGUAAACUCAAGGACUUGGACAUAUGCCCUUGUCAUUGUGGCGAGAGUGCGCUAAGAAUUAUCAAGUUGUGUACACCAAAUCUCACAUCCUUCACGUGUGAAGACUACAUGAUAAAUGAAUAUUGUCUAGAAAACCUUUCUUCUCUAGCCACUGCUAAUGUUCAAAUGACAAAAGGAGUAGGAGAUACAAAUAUUGGAAAAGAAGAUCUGUUUCUUAAGCGUAUAUUGGUGUUUUUGAUGGCAUUUCAGAAUGUGAAUGAACUGACGUUAUCGUCGGAUUUUCUUCAGGUUCUCUCAGAAGUUCCCAGUUUGAUAGAGUGCCAACUUCCUCAAUUUCGUAAUCUACGAUAUUUGAAACUGGAUAUGCGUUUUAUCAGAUGCUGCUUGUUUCCAUUAGCUUACUUACUGACGAGCUCACCAUGUAUGGAAUCACUUUUUAUCACAUCAAAGGAGCUGGAUUCUGAAGACGAUGGCGAAGUGGUGUUAUCAGGGUCGUGCAUAUUGUCUCACCUUAAAUAUAUCGAAAUGAGAGAAGUUAAAGGAUGUAAUAAUGAACUUAUAUUUCUGGAAUUUGUACUGAAGAAUGCCAUAGUUUUGGAGGAAAUGGUUUUGUAUUUCUGCGACGCUGGAAGCUCACCCUCAACGAAUACAAGAGGCGUACCUGAUAAAUUGAAUGUAAUGAAGAAGUUCAGUGAGAAGGUAAAAGCACUUCCAAGAGUUUCUUCAAGUUUGAUAAUGCUCUUCUGUUGAUCUUGUUAAACCAAGUUUGCAAGUUAGUUUGACAUCGAAAAACUCGUGUGCUCUGGUAUCGAAAAACAUGUAUUGCUUUGUUUCUAGGGAAUAUAAUUAACUUGUGUGUUCGGAUAUCGAAAAACCUUGCAUCUGUUGACUCUUAAACUUUAAUAUGAUAUUUUACAGUUUA